AUACAUAUAUAUAUAUGUGUGUGUGUGUGUAUGCGUGCAUGCAUGCUUAUGAGUGUAUGUACACACACACGUACUUAUAUAUAUGUUUAUAUAUAUAUCAAACAUAUAUACAUAUCUAUCUCUAUAUAAAUAUACUUCUAACUAUCUGUAUGUGCAUUUAUCUAUAUCUCUCUCUAUAUAUAUCUAUAUAUAUAUAUAUCAUGUGCGCAUGCUAAAUAAAUAUAUAUCUCUAUAUACAUGGAUGUACAUAAAUACACACAUAUACAGUGAGAUCUUUUUCCACGUGACGCAGACCCAGACGACAUCUUGGAUGCAAACGAAGAGUAUCGCUCCGUGUUGCAGCUGAGCGUCGGAGGUUUUUCGCUGCUCUACUCUCCCGAAAUCGACUGCGCCGACGCAGAUGCCUACCGGGAGGACCAUAAGGACAUGAGUGCUUUCGUGCGUACCAAGUGUCUUAAAGAUUGUAGAAGAACCACUCUAAGGUUCAGACAAAGCGACUGGUGGCUGGACAACAUGCUAACCGGAAUCCCGCGCAUCAUCGUUGGAAAAUGCACAGGUGAUGGCGUUGUAAAUAGCAUGGAGCUCUUUAAGACAGAGGAUUUACCUGCACUGGCGGAGAAUGAAUGGGAUCCCGACGUCUAUAUAAAACUUCUUGGUGAGUUUUAUCAAUUUCAUGAAGCAGAAAGUGGCAAAGGACACCACGGCUGUGUACAUGUUUGAACGCCGGGCUAGGGAUAAUAUCUACUGCUCAAAGCUGUCAGAACCAGCCAGUGCAUUUUGCCCUCUUGGUAUACACAAAAGCUGCUUACCAAGACAAAUCUGACGAAGGAAACACCGAAGAUGCAAGUUAAACACGGAUAAUGUUGAAGUUGUAAGUCUGACUUGCCUAUUAUGGCGUGUUUAUGUGGGAAAUGUGUAUUUGUUUGGGUCUUUGUGAUUAGUUCCAGUUUAAUGAUUUUGAUGUU